AUGUCAGAUAAUUAGUAGCAAAAGGAAGACAAGACUACAUUUUUACACGCUUUCAAGCAACAAAUUAUGAAAGCGUGGUAGCCUGUUCCAACAUUAAACUCAACCAUCAUAGUUUUUGCAAUUUUAUCUACAAUAUUCUUGGUGUUUGGAAUAGUUUUAGUUGUUUUCACAAAUAAAAUUAUAGACUACAAAGUAAGAUAUGAUACAAAAUGUUCUACAAUAAAUUAUCCAAAACCUGAUACAGUAUUUAAUCCAGCUAUAUGCACCGCAACAUUUACUGUCACAGAAGAUAUGGAAGCCCCUGUUUUUGUAUAUUAUGAAUUAACUAAUUUUUACUAAAACCACAGAAGAUAUGUGAAAUCUAAAAGUGUAGUUUAGCUUUAAGGAGAUAGUGUUUCAUAUUCUGAUGUUUCUAAUUGUGAGCCCAUAAUUUAUUAUAGUGAUUUGAGGAAAUACAGAUUUGUUGAUAAAUCAUUGAAAGAUGGUGAUUAUGCAUGGCCUUGUGGUCUUAUAGCAGCUUCUUUGUUUAAUGAUACUUACGCUCUCUAUGACCCUAAUGGUAAUAAGGUUGAUAUUUCAAGUAAUAAUAUUGCUUGGCCUAGUGAUAAAAGCACUAAGUAUAAAAAUAGGGAUAUGAGUAUCUAGUGGACAAGCGUCGAAGAUGAAAGAUUUAUGGUUUGGAUGAGAACUGCUGCUUUACCAGAUUUCCGUAAGUUAUGGGGAAGAAUCGAUUAAAAAGUUACUGCUGGAGUUUAUACAAUUUAAAUCCAAAAUAAUUAUCCUGUCGAUUCCUUUGAUGGAACUAAAUCAUUUGUCCUAUCUACUGCAAAUGCGUUUGGAGGAAGAAACUCGUUUUUGGGAAUAAGCUAUUUAGUUAUGGGAAUUAUAUGCUUUAUAAUAUUAAUGGUUUUCGUAUUUAAGAAAUUUAGAUAAAACAAACCUAAACAAGAAAAGGAAAAAUGA